AUGUGCCUCCUCUUCCCAUCCACCCUCAGUGAUGCGGCCCUGAAUUGGUUCUACAGGCUGAACCCCUGCACCAUCAACACAUUUGACAAUCUAAAGCAGGCCUUCCUAAACCAUUUAAUGAUCAAGACUGAUCGCCUAUACUCCGCGGACGACCUGUACAUGCUUCGGCAGGGUGAGGACGAGCCACUUAGGGAGUUUGCAGCCCGGUUCAGCCACGAAUAUUCUCUCUGCCCGGAGACUAAUGACCGCGAUGCCUUCGGUGCUUUUAAGAGUGGCCUCCGAGAGUCCAACUUUCGGUACCUGGUGCACAACAACCCUUGGAACACAUAUGCUAAACUAAUGAAGCAGGCAGCAGUUCAUGCCAAGGUUGAGUACCUCAACUCCAAGCGUGGCCCAGCCACCCCAGCGCAUAAUCCUUUUGCUGAUCCUCCACCUGCUUUAGUACCCACCCCAGCCCCACCUCAACAUUCUACUCCCGCCCCAAGUACCCAAGGUGCCCAGCACCCCAAGCGGAAGGAUAGCUACUAG